GUUGUUCCGUGGUCUUCCGCUCAUAUCUCAAUUGCCAUUCAAUUUCUUUUUGGCUUUAUCCAACUUACAAUAUUUCCAUAUCUGAUUGGUGUUGCUUUCCUGUAAUAAUCUGGUUAUUGAUACUCCAAAGGAGCAAGUUCCCUUUGUUGGGUUGUUGCUAUAACUUCAAGAAUCUUCUCAAUUUUGUUUGGGGCUAAGCUUGUUUGCUCCUGAAGAUUUUUUAGUCGUUUUGGGUUGUGUUAGUUCUUGUUCAAUUGUUUCUUUCAAUUUCCUUGAGGAUGGUUUGCUUGGUUUCUCGUACCGGGAGGCACUUGCAGCGAUACGACAACUUGGGUCGCCGACAAGUUGUCGGAUGCAUUCCCUAUAGAUACAAAUGUAACAGUGAUGGAACUGUUAGUAAUGACUUGGAGGUUCUUGUAAUCUCCUCCCAGAAAUGUCAAAAAAUGAUGUUUCCCAAGGGUGGUUGGGAGCUUGAUGAAUCUAGAGAAGAAGCUGCUUUAAGAGAGUCACUUGAAGAAGCUGGUGUUCUAGGCAAUGUUGAGAGCGAAUUGGGCAAAUGGGAUUUUAUAAGCAAAAGGAAUGGCACAUAUUAUGAAGGUUACAUGUUCCCUUUGCUUGUGAAGGAGGAACUUGCCUUCUGGCCUGAGCAACAUGUGCGCCGAAGGACAUGGAUGAAUGUGAAAGAAGCCAGGGAUGUGUGCCAGCAUUGGUGGAUGAAGGAAGCCUUAGACAUACUGGUUGAUAGACUGACAUCCCCGCAGCAACAGAAGGAGCAAAAUAUCUCAAUUUGUUCUCUGAUUUAGUAGUGAAGAUGGAUUGUUUGUAAAUAGGGAAUUGCCAGGCUCAUUAAUUUGAAUCUUUGUUAGAAAGCAGGGGUUGGGGCCAAUUUGUUGACUCCCAAGAAGACAGUCGCAACUGGUAGAUAUGUUCAGCAAAAAAUUGUUAAUUCGUGGAUGCAAUGGUUGGUGCUGCUAGUUAACCUUCUUAGGAAGCAAUUCAUUUGAAAGGAAAAAAAAACCUAGGUGAAGAGAUCUUAAAACAAGCUGUAUAUUUCAACCCAUGCCCAUCAUAACAAGUAGCAUUACUUGUGAUCAAAUGGGCCAUGAUUGAAUUACAAAACAAAAACAAACAAAAAACAAAAUCAAUCCACUUUGCAUGAGCCAUGCUCCCUUUGCUCAUGAUUCUUUUAUGUUUAUUGCAAAUCUCUUCUAUAAGAAUGCGCUUCGGUUUUCAUUUUUGUACAUAAGAAAAAGCAAUGCGAUUUACGACUGGUAUUUUUUUUUU